AUGACGCCCCGCCAAAAACCAGGGAGUCGUAGAGCAGCGGAGGUUUGCGUCCCCCACGCUUCCCCCCACCGUCGCCAACGCUUCCUCCCGCUGUCGCUCACACUUCACUCCGUCGUUGCCCACACUACCCCUCCCGUCACCCACCUUCACCGCCGUCCACGCUUUCCCCCUGUCGCCCACGCUUCCUCCCACCGUCGCCCACGCUUCCUCCGACCGUCGCCCACGCUUCCUCCCACCGUCGCCCUCGCUUCCUCCCACCGUCGCCCACGCUUCCUCCCACCGUCGCCCUCGCUUCCUCCCACCGUCGCCCACGCUUCCUCCCACCGUCGCCCACGCUUCCUCCCACCGUCGCCCACGCUUCCCCCCACCGUCGCCCACGCUUUCCCCCUGUCGCCCACGCUUCCUCCCACCGUCGCCCACGCUUCCUCCCACCGUCGCCCACGCUUCCUCCCACCGUCGCCCUCGCUUCCUCCCACCGUCGCCCACGCUUCCUCCCACCGUCGCCCUCGCUUCCUCCCACCGUCGCCCACGCUUCCUCCCACCGUCGCCCACGCUUCCUCCCACCGUCGCCCACGCUUCCCCCCACCGUCGCCCACGCUUUCCCCCACCGUCGCCCACGCUUUCCCCCACCGUCGCCCAUGGCAGGUGGUGGUGCGGCUGUGGAGCAGAGUGUUGGGCGCACAGCCAGGGCAGCGCGUGCAGGCGGGCAGCAAGGAGUGCAGUGCUGCAGGGGGCGGGUUAGGGGAGGCGGAGCGGGGGAGGCGGGGGUUAGGGAGAGAGGGUGCAGGGAUCCUCCUAUCCCCCUUAUACCCUGCCACACUCUUACCUCCUGCCCUCCUCCCUUCCUCCGUUUUGUGGGGCCCCCACAGUCUCCCCCUUUCCCUUUCCAUUUCCCACUCGCCCACUCCCUUCCUCACGCCAACCCUGCUCCUCCGUUCCACCCAUCCUCUCAUCCGCCUAUCCUCUCAUCCGCCCAUCCUCUCAUCCGCCUAUCCUCUCAUCCGCCCAUCCUCUCAUCCGCCUAUCCUCUCAUCCGCCCAUCCUCUCAUCCGCCUAUCCUCUCAUCCGGCCAUCCUCUCAUCCGCCCAUCAUCUCAUCCGCCCAUCCUCUCAUCCGCCCAUCCUCUCAUCCGCCCAUCCUCUCAUCCGCCCAUCCUCUCACCCGCCCAUCCUCUCAUCCUCCCUCCCCUCCCAACCCUCUGUCUCCUCCCUCGCCUCCUCUCCUUCGUCACCACCUCUCCUCCCUCUUCGCCUCCCAUUCCACAUCUCCGCUGUGCAGAUUGUGGCAUCAGCACCCGGGUUUCAAGAGAGUUUCUGUCCCCUCUUGUUCCCAUCCCUCCAAUCCUUAGCUCCUCUUCACCCCAUCUCCUCCCUUCCCUCGAACAAGCUCGCUCAUUCCCCUCCCGUCACCCACGCACGCACCCUCCCCUCGACCUACAAGUCGUUCUCCGCUUCCGUCGCAUACGCGUUCAUUUCCCCUUCCCUCAUCUCCAAAUUCCUCAUCUCCCCUUCCCUCAUCUCCCCAUCCCUCAUCUCCCCAUUCCGCCUCACCCCAUUCCGCCCCACCCCAUUCCGCCCCACCCCUUUCUGCCCCACCCCAUUCCGCCCCACCCCUUUCUGCCCCACCCCAUUCCGCCAUGCCAUCCUACUUCUCAUCCCCUUUUCCUCGUUUCCCCAUCCCUCGUUCCCCAAUCCCAUCAUUCCCCGUGCCAACUUUCACCAUUCCACCAUACGGUCAUACCCCAUUCCGCCCUCUUCCUCCCCUCCCUUCUGCUUCUCCCCCAAGCGUCCUUCCUACCUCCCUUCCUCCCAUCAUCACUUCCUGUCUUCCUUCAUUCCUGCAUUCCUCACUUCCUCCCUUUCUCCGUUCCUCCCUUCCACUUGCCAGUUGUCAUUCUUUUGCAUGCUUGCUUCCCUUAUACUUCAGCCACGCCACAUCUGA